CUCGACAGCGAACUAUUCGAACGCAGCCAAAGAGAGAAGGAAAGCCCAAGUAACAUUUUCGAAUGCAUCCUAGAGUUGAAAUUUAUUUCAACUCUAGUUAGGAUUACCAGUUUGUUUCAAUCGCACGCAGUCUAUCUAUAUUUUCGUGCAUUAUGAUUUUAUUAUUUUUUUAUAACCUGUAGUAAAGAAUUGCCCAGAAGAGCUAUCGAACAAUAUUGUCUUUUCUUUUCUAUUAAUGAUUAUAUAGUUAAUUUAUUUUUCAAUAUUAAUAUUUCAUUCCAAUCUUCUCUACGGCACAAUUGUUGAAUUUUAAACACGUGGUAGAAAACUUAACCUAACUUCCUUCUUUCCUUCCUUCAAUACUUGGCUGAGAGCGUUAGUAUACACGUGACUCUACAUCGUUGUUCAUCUUAACCUAACUUAAAGAGGAAUAAUGGGUCGUCAGAAAAAGGGCCGAUGUGUCAAACGAAAUAAGCAAAUAAACUUGGAAGAGAAGGAAGAGUUGGUAAAGGCACCUCAUUCUUUUGUAUUUCACCGUGGCUUGCCAGGGAAACAUAUUGUCGAGCUUACCAAAGACUUUCGCAAAGUUAUGGAACCUUUUACAGCUUCAUCCUUAAAGGCUCGCAAAAAGAACACCAUAAAGGACUUUGUUUCUGUUGCAAGUGUGCUUCACGUUAGCCACAUGUGUAUAUUUACAAACACAGAAUUGGGAAUGUAUCUUAAGCUUUGCAGGUUACCUAGAGGACCCACUCUUACUUUUAAAGUACAUAAUUUCUCCCUGGCAAGAGAUGUAAUAUCUUUAUUAAGGAAGCAAAUGGUAUAUGAGGAGGCCUUUAAAAGUUCCCCUCUAGUGGUUUUAAAUAAUUUCAGCGGUGAAGGCAUGCAGAUGAAGCUUAUAACUUCUAUGUUCCAGAAUAUGUUUCCAACUAUAAAUUUAACCACUGUUAAUUUAAGCACAAUUCGCCGUUGUGUGUGCUUAAAUUAUAAUACAGUAUCAAAAACCAUUGACUUCAGGCAUUAUGCCAUUAAAGUUGUGCCUGCGGGUUUAUCAAGAGGUGUUAAAAAAUUAGUACAAGCGAAAGUACCGGAUUUAUCGAAAUGUCAAGACAUCUCAGAUUUCCUAACGAAACCAACCAUGUCUGAAAGUGAGGCGGAGGACGAUGAAGCUAGUCAUGUUAAGUUAUCACAGAAGUUAUCUUCAAGGGGGAAUCAUGCUAACUUUACAAGCGCGAUCAGAUUACACGAAUUGGGACCGAGAUUAACGUUGCAGUUAAUGAAAGUGGAAAAUGACCUUUUCGACGGCGAGGUACUCUUUCAUGAAUUUGUACACAAAACGGAGGAGGAGAAACUUGCGAUAAAGAAAAGGAGAGAAGAGAAGAAGAAAUUGAAGGAAAAAAGGAAGAUGAUUCAAGAAGAGAAUAAGAAGAAGAAGGAGAUGCAGAAGGAGGAACACAAGAAGAAAUCGCUCCAAGGAAUCCAGAAGAAGAGAGAAAGCGAGAUACUCCUACAAAAAAUCGCAAAGGAAUCUACCGAAAAUAAUGAACAGGAGGAGGAUGACGACGCACAAUAUUAUCGCGACGAGGUGGGCGAGGAACCUGAUGAAGAUCUAUUCAAAGCAAAAGCCGGUACAAAAAGGGUACACAAGCAUACAAUGAGAUAUAAACCGAAGAAAUCGAAACUCGAUAAAUCGUAGAAAAUAUAUAUAAUUGUAAAAAUACACACUAUAAUAUUUUUAAAAUAAAAUAUUAUAUUUGGAUAUAUGUAAAACUGCCUACAAAAUUACCUAUUAAAAUGUACUUAAGCGAAGAGUGUCUCAAAUAUA